UUAACCGUUUUUGUUUAAGCCAAACCAUUGUUUCCUUUCACCAUACAUUAAAGCAAAGGUAAUAAAAAUAUAAAAUUAAAUCAUAUCAAUUUAGAGUUUUAUCACUUUUUUGUUACCAAUUAGCAGACAAUGCAUUCGUUAACUCCUUUGUUAUCUGGCCGUAGGGUGCUGCAUUUCCACCAGAUCUCCCAUUUUAAAGCAUUUUCAGCCGAAAUGACGCUCUCGAAACGGCCCACACAGAUACACCAUCACACUCACACACACGAAUUUUGCUGGAAGGGAGAAAAAAAGUUACGAAAGCAAACAGAAUCACUGCCCCCUGACUGGAGCUGAAUGUUCAGAGCAAAUGAAGGUGUCAAAAUGACAAGCAGAGACAGCUAAAAAAAAAAAGGGAAACGAAGGAUGCACACACUUACACACACACACAUAGACAUACACUGGAAUCCAAGAGGAGUGGGCAGGACGUGCGAUGGAUGGAUGUCCGCCUUCCUUGCCGCCCCCUUUUGGAGCCGCCCCUUCCGCCUGUUAGCCCGGCUAACUGUGUAAAUGGCAAAGCGACAGCAGCAUUUGCUAACUUUGCUGCAGCAGCAACAAAGGCCAAAGCACAGCCCCAACAAAAACUACAUAAAUGUAUCUAUAUCUAUAUCUAUCUAAGCGAUGGCCGUGCAUUGUAUUGCAGUUACGUGCUCGAUGGUCCAGCAAAAUGGCGAGGCGAAAAAAAUCUCUGAAACAAAAUCAACAAAGAAGCACCAAGAACAGCAGGGGUCUUCUCGUUUGAAAAGUCUUGAAUACACUUUUCGCAUAAACAUUUAAGAAGCACUUCUCUUUCUUUUAAAUUUUACAUAUGUUUUUACAUAGAUAUGUACAAAU